AUGUCUGCCGCCUAUCAUCUCUCCCAGCAUCCCGACAAAUACCACAUCACUCUCAUUGACGCCGUCGACUACUGCGGCGGGCAAGCCUUCUCCUGUCCCCUCGACAAGUCUCGCCAUGGCGCCAGCUGGUUCAACCAAGGCGUUCAAGGCGGCAGCUACAUCUUCCACCACACCUUGACCAUGUUUGCGCGCCAGGGAUACCACGCGGACCCCGUCAAUCUCCAAGUCUCCUUCGGCAAGGACAAGACCUUCUGGACCAACGUCUUCCCCACGGACCUGUUGGCCCGCCAUCAGAGCGAAAUACGACGCCUCAAUUUCGCCCUAAAAUUCAUGCGUUGGUUCGAGAUCUUGUUCGCCUUGAUUCCGCUCAAAGUCUUUUUCAAGCUGUGGUUUUUCUCAGAAGAGUUCACCAACACCGUCGCCUUACCAAUGGUGGCCUUGUUUUUGGGAACCGGCAAUGAAACACCCAAUGUCCCCUCAAUCAUGCUUGAGCGACUAUGCACAAGUCCGACUUACGGCAUGUGGUACCCCUACGACCCGGCCAGCAUAGCGAGUAAUCAUCCUCCCAUGGUCGUCUUUCCCAACUUCAGCGACUUCUACGAGUCCUGGCGCAAAGAUCUCGUCUCGCGAGGCGUGACAGUCCGCCUUUCCACCGAACUCGUGGCGGUUCUCCACCGCUCGAAGUCCAGCGGCGUCGUCGUGUCCUUGAAAAGCCGUACGCCAGCGCCCGACCACCACAACCCCCUUAGCGGCGACCCAGAUGCUCCCACGUUCGAAGAGCACUUCGACGAACUCAUCCUAUGCUGCCUCGCCGACACUGCUAAGCGCGUCCUCUCGUCCACCUCAUCCUGGCGCGAGAGGAAAGUCCUCGGCUCUGCGAAAUUCUCCGACGACAUCACCAUCACGCACACUGACUCGGCCUAUAUGAAAAAACAUUAUCAAAACUUCUACUCGGAGCCUCCCGCCGUCAGAACCCUCGGCGGCAAAGACCAGUCCUCCCGCUGCGACUUCGCGGCCACGAAUUUCCGCCCAAUGUACUACAUCAAGAUGUACGACCAGGACAAGUCCAAGCUGGAAAUGUGUUUUGACACCACAAACUACCAGUCGCAGUUCCCCGACCAGGUGCCUUUUGAAGAUCACGUGUUCCAGACGAUAUUCCUCAAUCGAGAUCGAGAUGGUCAUCUGUGGAGCGACGCCGAAAUUGACCAGAGCAAGGUUAUCAGGAAAGACUGGUGGCAUCAGCUGUGUCACUCGUACACGCAUUACCUGUUCGUCGUGCCGUGGAUGAUGUUUCUCCAGGGCCAAAGGAGGGUGCGAUACGCCGCGAGCUGGACGCUAGUCAACGCACACGAGGUCGCCAUCAUGGCGGGGAUUGCGGUCGCGGUCGAUCUGGGCGCAGAGUACCCGGAGGACCUGGAGCACGACAAAUUCGCCUUCCUUAGUUUCAGACUGUACUACCUGCUGGCGUACGGGAAGUGGUAUCGACGACGGUAUACCGCCGCGGCGAAGAAGAAGCACGACCAAAAUGACAGCGACAAAGCUAUAGAGGGAAAGAGCUGGGCCACCGGCUUGUACGGGAGUGUGUACAAGGGUCCUGGAGUGGCCAAGCAGGAGAGGAUGACGUGGCGGGAGGAAAUCAAGGUCGGGAGGAGUACAGGCAAUUUGGCGCAAGGGAACGCACAGGGGAGGAGUCAGCCGUGA